AUGUCUGACGUAAGCAAAGAUAUUCCUAAAACGGAAACGGGUGUAACAACAACAACAACAACAACCAAAUGGUCGGAUUACAAUUGGCCAAAAGUUUUACUUCAAUUACACAUUCAUCUUUUUUUAGCUUACAGUCUUUUUUUUUUGUUCAGUGCUAAAUUGUUAACUUUGGGUUUUGCAUUAUUUCUUGUUGGUGUUGGACUUUUAGGAGCCACUGCAGGUGCACACAGAUUAUGGACUCACAGGAGUUACAAUGCAAAUAAAUAUUUAAGAUUUUUUUUAAUGAUUUGUCACACUAUCGGUGGAAGUGGACCCAUUUACGAUUGGGUUUUAGAUCACAGAAUCCAUCAUAAAUUCGAAUCGACAGAAUAUGAUCCUUAUAACAAAACAAAAGGUUUCCUGUAUUCACACAUAGGUCACAAAAUAAGACAGAAAAAUCCUAAAAGGGAAACGAUUGUUAAAGAAAUUGACAUGAAAGAUAUUGAAAAUGAUAAAAUUGUUAUGUUUCAAAAAAAAUUUUACUGGGUAUUAUUGGCCAUUUUGGGUGUUUUACUUCCAAUAAAUGCUCCUGUCGAAUAUUGGGGUGAAGACAUGUUGAAUUCAUUUAUGAUUAUGGGUUUGUUUAGAAUUCCAAUUACUUUACACGCCAUUUGGUUUAUAAAUAGUGCGAGAAACGUUUGGGAAUUGAAACCGAACGACAGGUAUUUCAGCGAUUCGAAUUUAAUGUUUUUAAUUACCAAAAAUCACUGGCACGCAUAUCAUUAUACAGCACCUUGGGAUUGUCUUGUCGGUGAAUUCGGAUCUCAUAAUUACGGCACAACCACUGUUUUCAUAAAAGUAUGCGCGGCUUUAGGACUUGCAACCGGAUUGAAAACCGUUAAUAGUAAAAUGAUGACCGAAGCAUUGGAAAGAUCCAUCGAUACGAAUAAAUCCAUAAACGAUUGUUUGUUGGAAGUUUUAGAUGAAUACGAAUUGAGUAAAUACGAAGAUAUCACUUUAGAUAUAAUACAAUCUUCGCGAAAAUAA